ACAUUCAUUUUUAGCUACGGCUUCAGCGUUGACGUUAAAGGUCUGUUUUUCUACAACUUUUUUUUUUUUUUAGUGAACUGCACUAUUAUAAUUUUAGGGUACGGCAUUGCGACUUUUAGAAGCUUGAGCAGCAUCAUAAUGAAAUAUUACAUUUUAUUUUGUCCGUUUGCAAGGUGGGGAGCGAGGUUCCUUUGAGCAUGCUUCUCUGACAUUUGAAAGUUGUGUUCCUUCAUUACACCAGUCUGUGUUGCAGAUGGAAGCUAAGAUGCACAUGAAAGAGUGGCUGAUAGCUCAGAUAGACAGUGGGGAAUAUGAAGGACUUCUCUGGGAAGAUGAUAACAAAACUAUGUUCAGGAUUCCUUGGAAACACGCAGCCAAGAAGGACUACAAACAGACGGAGGACGCAGCUCUCUUUAAGGCCUGGGCUGUACAAGGUUCCCACUCGUGGCUCUCCUCAGACUCUUUCCAGACAAAGGAUGACGUGAUCGUCCAGCCUGAGACGUCUCCAAGGAGCCCCAGUUUUCUGGGAAAAAAGCUUCAUUGUCAAAAGGAAUCAUUUGACGAAAGUAAAGAAGUAAAACCGGUGAUUGAUGAUCUGAUGAGGGAACACAUGUAUUGUGAGCUCACAGAAAAAAACCCUCUAAUUCAGAACCCUGCUCCUAUAACCUUCCUCAGUCCCACACUUACUAUAUCAGACUUCCGUAUGCAGGUGGUGUUGCUGUACCAGGGCCAGAGGGUCAUGAAAGUGGCCACCAGCAGCCCAGAUGGGUGCUUCAUCCUGCAGGGCCGCGUCCCGUUGGGAAAUGAACGGAUCUACGGGCCUUGCACUGCCCAGCAGCUCUCCUUCCCCUCCCCAAGCUCUGUAUCCCUUCCGUCGUGCUUGGCUGAAGCGAUGAACCGCCUUCUUUGUCAUUUGGAGAGAGGUGUGCUACUAUGGGUAGCCCCAGAUGGGGUGUUCAUCAAGCGGUUCUGCCAGGGCAGGGUGUACUGGAGCGGUCCCAUGGCCCAACACACUGACCGGCCCAACAAACUGGAACGAGAAAAGACCUUCAAGCUGCUCGACAUUGCCACAUUUCUCAAUGAGCUUCAGAGCUGUUUACAGGGGAAGGGACAUUCACCUUCGUAUGAGAUUGAGCUCUGCUUCGGAGAGGAGUAUCCAGACCCCAACGUACCUAAAACCAGGAAGCUGAUCAUGGCGCAGGUGGUGCCCUUGUUUGCAGUGGAACUGAUGCAGAGGUUCAACGUGGAAGAGAUUCAGGAGAAGCGGCCAAUUCUCACCUCCAAAACAGAAGAAGAGAAGAUGUAGGAGGACAGGGAAUGCUACCCUGCACCAGGGUAGCUAUGAACAAUAUACAAGUGGAUUACUGCUUUAUUGCUUCCCUGUCAUCAUCAUGAAAGACAUCCAGAGCAGAGCAAACAAUACAGAGGCUAUUCAGUGUGAACAUGUAUGUAUGAUGAAGAAACAAUGGAGUGGAGGUGUUUCAUUGUAUGGAAAUAUAUUGAUUUUUUUUUAAAUUCUGUCCAACAUGUAGCUUCACUGGUGGGAGUAAUCAGCUUGUUAAAGCAAACAUCUUGAUUAACGCAAUCAAAAAUGUUUGCUAACAUACUAUUAAUG